AUGCUAAAACCAUCUACAGAUAUAGAUACGACAGAUAUAGAUACAACACAUCAAGGAAGAUUAACAAUUUUAAUACCGAUUUUAAUCGUUGCAAUUCCAUUAGUGAUUGUUUCAAUUUUAUUAGUAAUUGUUUGUCUCACAAACAAAACUCACAAAAAGGAUUCACCAAAUAGAGUAAGGACUACGAGAUUUAUUAGUAUACAAAGACCUCAAGCUGCUCACUUAAAGAUGGAAGAUGCUGAAACCUUAAUUGAUAGUCAAUCUUAUUUACCUCCUAGAAAUAUAAGUGACUUAGAAUCAGCUGACACAAAAGUUAAUUAA